UAUUUUUGUACCGUUGUGCAUGUUCCCACUGGGAAGAAUAGAAGGAAAAAGAAAGCGAGAAAUUGGGUACUUUGUCUCCCCUUCCGAUUCCAUCAUCGCCGCCAUUAUUCGGUGCCCGCUGCAUGCACCUUUCCUUUUUCUCUAAUCCCUAUCAUCCAACAUCUUCUCAGAUCUAAUCCUUUUCCCCUUCCAAAAUCAUACUCCGAUUGCGCCUAGGGUUCAGACUUCGAAUCACCGUUUUCUGUCAUGAAUUGGACUCCGUUAGCAGUACACCUCGCCUAUUCUUGCUGACGGAGGAGAUUCAAAAUUUGGCCGCAAAAUGGUUCCAAUCUUCUUGUACAUCGUCGCUUUCAUUUGCACGUGCGGAGCCAUUGCGUUGUCCUUGCUUCACAUUUAUAAGCACCUUCUCAAUUACACCGAGCCUACUUAUCAGCGCUUCAUUGUUCGGAUCGUUUUUAUGGUCCCGGUUUAUGCGUUGAUGUCAUUCUUGUCACUUGUUCUACCACAGGGUUCAAUCUAUUUUAAUUCAAUCCGGGAAAUCUAUGAAGCUUGGGUUAUUUAUAAUUUCCUAUCGCUAUGUCUUGAAUGGGUUGGUGGUCCUGGAUCAGUAGUCCUAAGUUUAACUGGACGGGUUCUCAAGCCAUCAUGGUUUUUGAUGACCUGUUGCUUACCUCCUCUGGCGCUUGAUGGGCGUUUUAUACGUAAAUGCAAGCAAGGGUGCUUGCAGUUUGUGAUUUUGAAGCCCAUUUUAGUUGUUGUUACACUUAUACUUUAUGCAAAGGGAAAAUAUAAGGAUGGAAAUUUCAGUCCAAAGCAAUCAUACUUGUAUCUUACAAUCAUCUAUACAUUCUCAUACACAAUGGCUCUCUAUGCUCUUGCUUUGUUUUAUGUGGCAUGCAAGGAUCUGCUUCAACCAUUCAAUCCAGUCCCAAAGUUUAUUAUAAUAAAAUCUGUUGUAUUCCUAACUUAUUGGCAGGGUGUCUUAGUUUUCCUUGCCGCAAAGUCGGAAUUUGUUAAGGAUGCAGAUGAAGCUGCUCUACUUCAAGAUUUUUUCAUUUGCGUUGAGAUGCUUGUUGCUGCUGUUGGCCACUUUUAUGCAUUUCCAUACAAAGAGUACGCUGGGGCUAACAUAGGUGGAUCCCGUGGGUUGACAGCUAGCCUUGCUCAUGCUUUAAAGUUAAAUGACUUUUACCAUGAUACCGUCCACCAGUUUGCACCAACAUACCAUGAUUAUGUUCUCUACAACCACGGUGGUGAAGGUGAAGAGGGAACUAGGAAGUAUAGAUCACGAACUUUUGUUCCAAUUGGCCCAGAGAUGGACACAGUGAGAAGAAAUAAACAUUUGUUUGGAAGCAAGGCAGAUGACGUACAGAUCUCAAGUUUUUCUUCAAAUAGUAGCUCUCCCUCAAAUUCUGGUCCCAUCUCUGAUGUUCCACAUUCUGGUGCAAUGAAAUCUUCCUUACUUGUGGAUGUGUCAAAUUCUUUGUCUGUGCCAUACGAUAUGACACUUAUUGACUUGGAUGCAUCCAAUUAUCCUGAAAAAGUUCCAGCAGCUGAUAAAGCCGGUACUAGGUGACAAUGAGGAACAUUCAGAGCCAAGUUAGUGGGAAAAUUGUCAUUGUUGAAGAGAGGAGAGUAAUAGGGGCAUCCUACAUCUUUCUCUUCUAGGAGAGAAUUAUGAGUAAAGUGUGGUUUGUUUGAUUCCAGGAAAGCCUGUAGGCAGGUCUGGCUCUUACGUCUGUGUCAAUGUUGCUUAAAAGCCCUAAUCUCUCCCAAGUCCCUACUAAACCAAUCAUCUUGAUAAUUGGUCUUCAGUCUUGAUAUUGUAAUUGUCUCCACUGAUUGCGUAUCGUGUGCACAUUGUAGAUAUAGAAAUGGUUGGCUAACUUCAAACUCAACAGCUCCUGAGUGAAUUUCGAUUAGAACUCAAUUAAGUAAUUGAUCGGUUAUCUUCUUCUCCGCACCUUGAAUCAAUACCCAUCACUGUUGGAUUUCAUAGAA